AUGUCGUCAAGCACUCCAAAGCCUUCGGAUUCCGAAAGCGACCCAUACCUGCUGACGAAUCUUUCUGAAUGCCUGUCGGGGCACCCCCAUUUCGACUUCCUUCAGCCCAUGCUACCUCAGUUCCGAGCAGAGAACUUGGACACCUCAUCUCGAUCCCACUCCGCCCUUGCCACAGAAACAGCAGUGCCAUACACGCACGACUCUCGCAAUACGUCGCCGCCUCCAAUGACUCCUCAACACUGUCAUCAAGCCUCAUCAUAUGCAUCACAAUUUCGUCCGCCGUGCUUGCUCCUAGCUGCUGAGGAAGAACAGCCUUCGGCCGAGCUGCCAAGAUCGACAGGCCAACAGGCUAAAGACAAGAUGCCCGAGGUGUCUCCGGAGACUGAGCCCUUCAUCAGCGAUGUGAGCAGGGCCAAAGACUUCGAACAAUACAGCAAGGGAAGCAAGUUGGUGCUCAAUUACCAACACCCGCGACGGCCUUACGGUCGCUCUGAGUAUCCGAACCCCCCAGACGUCAACAGCGAUGACAAAGUGUUGUCCGAAGACGAGAUGGAACUUUCUCGCACCGGCUUGGUUUAUCACGAUCGACACAUCAGCAAUCCUACUCCCAACCUAGUCAGGGCCAUUGUCAACGUCACAGUCGUGGACACCAUAUCCACCGGUAUGACGGGCGGCGCUCAGAUACUUCUGUGCAAGGUUGAGGAAGCCCGAUACCAUGGCGAAAAGGACAAGAAGCCGAAAGGUAUCAGCCGUGUCCUCUCGGGCUCGUCCUCUCGAGUGACGAAGCGUUCUUCUUCUAAACGCAAGUCCUUCUUCGGUAUCAUGGAGCACACAUCCGAUUCUGCUUCAUCUCAAAAGAGACAUAAUCAAGAACAGUCCAUCUUCACCGGUCCAAGCCUAGUCGGGCGUGGUACCGCCGGAGAACACUUGGUUGUGGGUCAGCUUGUGGUGGUCAAGGUCUACGACGCCAUGUACUAUCCUUUCAACUAUGGAAUGUAUCAAGGUCCCUGGAAGGCGACCUCUAGAGCCGAUCAAGAACACAGCCGUGAGGCCGGAACUUAUGAACACCUGUGGAUUCACGACAAGACUGGUUAUCCACAUCUUGCGCCUCAAUAUUACGGGUCCUGGGCCAUCGAACUGGCGACUACGAACCCAGUGGUUGAGGACAAGCAGCGGUUCGCCAGAGCCAUUGCCAUGGAAUACAUCGAAGGAAGCAGCAUCGAGGAGAUUUGCCGGCGAACCAUCGAGACAUACCAACUGGUUCCUCGCGAUCAAGCAAACCCUACGCUGGCUGAUGGCACAAAGUGGUUCUGUGGUUGGGAGCUUCGCUUGAAAACCCUCAAAGACCUUGUGGACGGCUACAUGGACUUUCUUCACGUUGGCGUCUCCAUGGGUCUCGAUCCCCAGAACAUAAUCCUCACCGGAAAGCUUGGGGACAGAAAGCUGGAGUCGCCUCGCGUUGUGGCGGUUGACUACGUCAACGCCUUGGUCGACGAUCAGAGGAAAACGCCCAACAAGGUGUACCAACCUCACAAGAUGCCGCCUCAUCCCUGGGGAGAAGUAUCUUUGAGGAAGCUGGAACUCUUCUCCGGCUGGAUCCCCCACCACUGGACUGCCAGGCAAUUUGAGGGCUGGCUUCAUCACGUCUAUGGACCGCUGGAUAACCCGGAUUACACGGACCCCAGAAUCUCGAAAGCGCCCCCGAGCAAGCAAGAUCCUCAACCUUCGCAUACUUCAACGUGA